UUUGUUUCCCCUUCAUCUCUUUCUAUUUUCUUGUUCCUAAAAUCAAGUCCGUCCAAUAAAACCCUAAUUUUAUCUCCCUCACCAUCGUUUCACUCCAUCACAUAGCUUUAGGAUUAGCUUCGAAAAAAACUGCGACGAUUAGGGUUUGCUCGAGAUGUCCUACAACCAAUCACGGCCCACCGAUAAUCAACAAUAUCGGCCAACUGGGCGAUCCGCCGGCUACCAACAGCAACAGCAACAGCCGCACCGAUCUUCCGCCGCCGGUUACGGUAGGGGAGCCGGAGCCGGCGCCAGACCUGCUCCCGCCUCUUCCGCUACUGUCGAUCCCUCUAAUCGCAGUUUCAAGAAGCCUCAAGGAGGGCAGCAUCAGCCUAGGGUGAAUCUGCCCCCUGUGAAUCACUCAGUUUCUAACAAUCACAACGGUCCCAAUGUACAAUCUCGCUCUCAAGGAGCGUCUGGUGAACCGGUGGCCAAUUCAACCAGUGGAGCUAUUCCAAAGGCUCCUACUUCGCAGUCUCCUGCUGUGAAUUCCAAGAUCAACGAGGCUCAGAACACUGUUAAAGUCUCUGGAGACCCUUCUAAAGCGUUUGCUUUCCAGUUCGGGUCACUUGGUCCUGAUUUGAUGAAGAUUCCUGCUCGAACUAGCUCAGCACCUCCUAAUAUGGAUGAGCAGAAACGUGCACAGAUGCAGCAAGCUUCUUUAAAAGCAGCACCGAACGUGCCAGCUUCUGUACCUAAAAAUAACUCGCCAAAUAAGGCUGCAGAUAAUCAAGUGAUGCGGAAAGAGGGGCGCAAUCCAUCAAGUGAUAAAGCAGAUGUGCAAGUCCAUCAUAUGUCCCCUCUAAGCCAAACGCAGAAGUCUCCAAUUACGCAUAUCCGGAUGCCUUCGGUCCAGACGCCUUAUCAGCAGCAUCCGCAGGUUCCUCACCCUGUGCAUUUCGGUGCCCCGCCGAAUAUGCACAUGCAGCCUCCCAAUGUGGCGCCAACCUCAUUUCAGAUGCCAAUGCCUAUGGGAUUACCUAUGGGAAACACACCUCAGAUCCAGCAGCAAGUGUUUUUUCAAGGUCUCCCAUCGCACCCCAUGCACCAUCAGGGUAUGAUGCAUCAGGCGCAGGGACAUGGUUUUGCGGGCCCCAUGGGUGCUCAGAUUCAUCCUCAGAUGGGCCACGUGGGUGUGGGUAUGAGCCCGCAAUAUCCCCAGCAGCAAGGAGGGAAAUAUGGUGGGGGACGUAAGACAACACCCGUUAAGAUUACACAUCCCGACACGCAUGAAGAGCUGAGACUUGGUGGACGCGGUGACCCGCAUCAAGAUGGCCAACCACAAGGUCCUAAAUCGCAUCCUAACACACCUCCCAGAUCACAUCCAGUGUCAGCAUUUGCUCCACGACCACUUAAUGUUAUUCAAACCUCUUUUAGCUCCAGUCCCAUGAUGUAUCCUCCAGUUUCUGUACCCUUCAACAGUGGUCCAAUGUCAUCCGCUCAGGCACCAAGAUUUCAAUUUUCAGUUAGUGAUGGGUCUCAGAGGGUACAGUUUACCAAACAAUCUGCUCCACAUGUUUCAUCUGAUUCUUCAUCUGUGAAAGCACAUGUGACGUCAUCUGCUCUGCCUGCACCUGGGAGGGUAACAGUGAAGCAAGCUGCUACUUCUGAAGAAACUAACGUUGCUCUGUCUCAAAAGAAGGCCGAGACAGGUUCAUUGGACUCUUUACAGCAGCCGAAACCUGGCUCUGUUUCCGCAUUAUCAAACUCGUCUGCUCCACCAGCAAAGGCACCUGUGGAGACGGUUACAGUUGCAACAAAUUCAGUUGAAGAUCAAACACAGACGUGUAAGGUGGAACCCUCUCAUAAUGCAACUGAGGUUCAUGGACAGACUCAGGUAUCUGAUCUCGAAACAAAAGCCAUUAUUGCUAAGGAAAAUUCACCACUUCCAGCUACCAAUGGGGUUGAGAAGCAAAACGUUCCCGCUUCUGACUUACCAGAUACAAAAAUUGACAAAACUGCGGAAGACCUAAACUGUGAUGAGCGGACUAUUUCAGGAAAGCAGGUUGAAGAGUCUCUAAUUUCUGAUGAGAAACUCGAAUCAGUAUCAGGCGUGCUUGAGAAGGCGCAGAAUGAGGUGGAUGGUGCCACAGACAUUAGUUCCGACUCUGAGAAAGUAGCAGCUAAAGUUGCCGAUGAUACAACCUCCGAGCUUCCACAUUCUACUCAUACUCAGUCAUCUACGGUUCCUGUUGGACAUUCUAGUAAUAGUUUGACAUCUACCCCAGCUUCUCUUUCCAAGGAUAAACCUGCUUUUGAAUCGAACAUAAGAAGAACUACUUCUACCAAAGGAAAGAAGAAAAUAAAAGAAAUUCUUCAGAAAGCAGAUGCUGCGGGGACAACUUCUGAUCUCUAUAUGGCUUAUAAAGGGCCUGAGGAGAAGAAAGAGAUUGCUAUGCCUUCGGAGAGCUCUGAUUUUUCAAACGAGAAGCUGGCACCUGCCAUAGAUGUUGUUGAGGCCAGCGUGGAUGCUGAACCAGUGAAAAAUGAACCAGAAAACUGGGAAGAUGCAGCUGAUGUUUCCACACCAAAGCUUGAAAGUGUGCAGGGAAAUCCAGGUUCCGCAGAUGAGGUCAGAGACAGCUGCAGUAAUACGGAAAAGAAAUACUCCCGCGAUUUCCUCCUUAAGUUUGCAGACAUGUUUACUGCUCUUCCUGAGGGCUUUGACGUUUCGCCUGAUAUUGCUAACUCUUUGAUAUUUGCUAAUACGGGUGCGCCUCAUCAUGAACAUGGAAAGGUUAUGGAUCGGCAAGGUAGUAGUGGUCGACGUCCCAUCAAUAUGGUUGAUGAUAGGUGGGCGAAGAAUCAGGGUUCUCUUCCCUCAGGACAUGGAGGUAACUCAGGUUUCCGAACUGGUCAAGGAGGAAACUCAGGAGUUCUAAGAAACCCUCGUAUGCAGCAGGGACCGAUUAUGUCUAGACCGAUGCAACCUGUGGGUCCGAUGGGCAGAAACGACUUAGACAGGUGGCAACGAGGUUCAAAUUUCCAACAGAAAGGGCUUUUUCCUUCUCCGCAUACUCCUAUGCAGGUGAUGCACAGAGCUGAGAGAAAAUACCAAGUUGGUACUGUUACAGAUGAAGAACAGGCAAAGCAAAGGCAGUUAAAGGGCAUCUUGAACAAGCUGACUCCACAAAACUUUGAGAAGCUGUUUGAGCAAGUUAAAGGUGUCAAUAUUGACAACGUUGUUACGCUUAAUGGUGUCAUCUCACAGAUAUUUGACAAGGCUUUGAUGGAGCCUACCUUCUGUGAGAUGUAUGCAGAUUUCUGUGUACAUUUGUCUGGGGCGUUACCUGAAUUAAAUGAGGACGGUGAGAAGGUUACCUUCAAAAGAUUGCUACUCAAUAAGUGUCAGGAGGAAUUUGAGAGAGGAGAGAAAGAAGAGGAAGAAGCCAGUAGAGUUGCUGAAGAAGGACAAGUAGAACAAACUGAGGAGGAGAGGGAAGAGAAGAGACUCAAAGUGCGUAGGAGAAUGCUCGGUAAUAUUAGACUUAUUGGUGAGUUAUACAAGAAGAGGAUGUUGACUGAGAAGAUCAUGCACGCAUGCAUCCAAAAACUGCUCGGGUAUGAACAGGAUCCACAUGAAGAGAACAUUGAAGCUCUGUGUAAACUAAUGAGUACGAUAGGAGUUAUGAUCGAUCAUAGCAAAGCUAAGGCUUAUAUAGAUGGAUAUUUUGAUAGAAUGAAGAUGCUAUCAGGCAAAGAAGAAUUGUCUUCUAGGGUGAGGUUCAUGUUGAUUAAUGCCAUCGAUCUGAGAAAGAAUAAAUGGCAGGAGAGAAUGAAGGUUGAAGGGCCAAAGAAAAUAGAGGAAGUGCAUAGAGAUGCUGCACAAGAACGCCAAACUCAAGCUAAGAGGCUAUCACGUGGACCCUCAAUGAAUGUGUCAGGAAGAAGAGGGCAUAUGGAGUAUAGUCCUAGGGGAGGAGGAGGAGGAAUGCUGUCACCUCCGAGUGCCCAAAUGGGUGGUUAUCAUGGACCAUCCCAAGGUCGUGGCUAUAAUAAUAAUAACCAGGACAUUAGAUUUGAUGAAAGGUCAGCCUAUGAGCCUAGGAUGGUUCCAAUGUCUCAAAGGUCAGUUGGUGAGGAGCCUAUUACCUUGGGCCCUCAAGGUGGUCUUGGUCAAGGAAUGUCGUUUAGGAAGCCUGCAGUAGUGUCAAAUACUAUGCAGUCUGAUCCUAGGCGACCAGCUGGAGGUUUGAAUGGUGUUGGCUCACAAAGACCUGCAAGUCCUGUUACUCACGGACGGUCAAGUCCUCAAGAGCGGGGAUCAACUUAUGUGCACAGGGAGUUUUCUCGUGCUUCUGAUCCGUCAUCAGAAGUGUCAUCUGCUAGGCAAGUACAGCAAGGACCAUCGUCAGCAGUAGACAGCCCUCGAGAAAAUUUGCUGUCCGAGGAACGAUUACAAGAUAUGUCCUUGUCUGCCAUUAAGGAAUAUUACAGUGCACGAGAUGAGAAGGAGAUUGGUUUAUGCAUGAAAGACAUAAAUUCACCAGCUUUCCACCCAACAAUGAUUUCUCUGUGGGUUACUGAUUCUUUCGAGAGAAAAGACAAAGAAAGAGAUCUCUUGGCCAAGCUCCUUGUUAACCUUGUGAAAUCUGCUGACAACGUCUUAACCGAAGCCCAACUAGUGAAAGGGUUUGAAACUGUUUUGACGACCCUGGAGGAUGCUGUGAAUGAUGCUCCAAAAGCAGCAGAGUUUCUAGGCAAAAUCUUUGGUAAAAGUGUGACAGAGAAAGUAGUGACAUUGGCAGAGAUUGGUCGGUUAAUACGUGAAGGAGGAGAAGAACCAGGAAGUCUGAUGGAGUUUGGGUUAGGAGGUGAUGUUCUUGGGAGUGUUUUGGAGACGAUAAAGUCAGAAGCAGGAGAAGAAGCUUUUGUUGAGAUUCACAGGAGCUCAGGUCUGAGGAUUGAAGAUUUCAAACCUCCUGCACCUAACCGGUCUAAGAUUUUAGAUAAAUUUACUUAGGCAUCCAAAAAAUGUAUGGAACCAUCUUUUGACGGUUCUGUUUCUCUGUCUCUCUUUUUUUUUUUCAAGUGCUUCAACAAACUAAUCUGUUAAAAAAGGAGUUUCUCUAUUUUAUUUAUUAUAAUAGCAAAACCUUCCAAAA